AUGGUUUCAUGUCUCUUCUCCCCAAAGGCAUGUGUACUUGAAACCCCUUCGGGGCCCAUAAGAAGAUUCUGUGGUCCUGAUGAGAUUGUGUGCAUUAGAAUCACUUCUUCUGGAAAGGAGAAGCUAAAGGACUUAAGCUGGAUCUCCAAAAUACAAGUGAAUCAACCAGCAGUUCUGAGGCGUGCGGAACAAAUCCAGGCUCGCAGAACCAUAAAAAAGGAGUGGCAAGCUGCUUGGCUCCUGAAAGCUGUUACCUUUAUAGAUCUCACUACACUUUCUGGUGAUGACACAUCUUCCAACAUUCAAAGGCUGUGUUAUAAAGCCAAGUAUCCAAUCCGGGAAGAUCUCUUAAAAGCUUUAAAUAUGCAUGAUAAAGGCAUUACUACAGCUGCUGUUUGUGUUUAUCCAGCCCGAGUUGGUGAUGCUGUAAAAGCACUGAAGGCUGUAGGCUGCAACAUCCCAGUGGCAUCAGUGGCCACUGGCUUUCCGGCUGGACAGACUCAUUUAAAAACACGACUGGAAGAGAUCAGAUUGGCUGUUGAAGAUGGUGCUACGGAAAUUGAUGUAGUAAUUAACAGGACCUUGGUACUGACAGGCCAGUGGGAAGCCCUUUAUGAUGAGAUUCGUCAGUUUCGCAAGGCCUGUGGAGAGGCUCAUCUCAAAACCAUCUUGGCAACAGGAGAACUUGGAUCUCUUACUAAUGUCUAUAAAGCAAGCAUGAUAGCAAUGAUGGCAGGAUCAGAUUUUAUUAAGACCUCUACUGGAAAAGAAAUAGUAAAUGCCACCUUCCCAGUAGCUAUAGUGAUGCUACGGGCCAUUAGAGAUUUCUUCUGGAAAACUGGAAACAAGAUAGGGUUUAAACCAGCAGGAGGCAUCCGCAGUGCCAAGGAUUCCCUUGCUUGGGUCUCUCUUAUUAAGGAGGAGCUAGGAGAUGAGUGGCUGAAGCCAGAACUCUUUCGAAUAGGUGCCAGUACUCUGCUUUCAGACAUUGAGAGGCAGAUUUACCAUCAUGUGACUGGAAGAUAUGCAGCUUACCAUGAUCUUCCAAUGUCUUAA